GCUGCACAAAGUGGCCGUAUCAACAAGUGGGCUAAAGCCUUGUCAUUAAUGAGAAACACUUACAGUUUAAGUUCGCGCUGCGCCUGGUCCUCCAGCUUUCUUCAUCACGAUGGCUGAUGCGGAGCUUGCAAAAAAGAUGCUGCGGGGCAUUCUCCAGGCCAACAAAGGUGGAGUGUCACUGUCACGCCUGCAGUCAGAGUAUAAGGAGCUGACUGGGGAGCACAUACCUCAUAAGCAGAUGGGACACAGCAACCUGGACGCUCUUCUAGCCAGCAUGCCCUCUCUAGUCCGUGUGGAGCGCAACCGCUUGGGAGAGAUGGUCUGUUUUGCCUCAGGGGCCAAGGAGACAGCUCAUCUAGCCAAGGUGGUGGCUCGUCAGCGCAGCUCCAAGAAGACUGGCCGACCUCACCUAGUCAACACCCAGAUGAGGGUCAAACCAGCUGCCCCACUUGUGCUCAAUGGUAAAAUUUUUGGACAACCAUAUGGGUUUUAG